GGGACAGAUGGGGACUGGUAAGCCCGGCACGGGCAGGGGCGGUCCUCUGGCGGGCCGGGCAUGGCGUCCAUGGCGGCGGCGAUCGCGGCCUCGCGCUCCGCGGUCAUGAGCGUGAACCGGCCACUGGACGAGAGGGAGCGGAAGCGCUUCACCUACUUCUCAUCUCUGAGCCCCAUGGCCAGGAAGAUCAUGCAGGACAAGGAGAAGAUCCGUGAGAAGUACGGGCCCGAGUGGGCGCGGCUGCCGCCCGCGCAGCAGGACGAGAUCAUCGACCGCUGCCUGGUGGGCCCGCACGCCCCAGGACCCACGGACUCGGGAGAACCGGGGGACCCCGCGCGCUUCCCCGGCCUGCCCGGGCCCACGGGCCAGAAGCUGGUGCGCUUCGGCGACGAGGAUAUAACUUGGCAAGAUGAGCACUCUGCCCCUUUCUCCUGGGAAACAAGGAGUCAGAUGGAGUUCAGCAUCGCCUCCUUAUCCAUCCAGGAACCGAGCAAUGGCAUGGCCACCAGUGAGCCAAGGCCGCUGCCCAAAGCCUCACAGGGCAGCAGGUCCUCCAGCCUGGACGCCCUGGGUCCAGCCAGGAAGGAAGAGGAGGCAUCCUUCUGGAAGAUCAAUGCCGAGCGGUCCCGGGAGGGGCCUGAGGCUGAGUUUCAGUCCCUUACCCCCAGCCAGAUCAAGUCCAUGGAGAAGGGGGAGAAGGUGCUGCCUACCUGUUACCGCCAGGAUCCCUCCCCAAAGGACCGGGAGGUCACGGCCCUGCGCCCAGAGCAGCGAGUUCUUCCCAGCGCAAGCACGGAGCGCGAGAGACCCCAGCCGGUGCAGGGCCUCACCAGCACGUUGCCUGAGGUGACACCCUGUGAGCCCCCAGGGAAGCUGUUAUCUCCCGAUGCUGGGCAAGAGGAUGAGGAUGAUGCUCUGUUCCUGGAGCCCAAGUCUGCACAGGUCAGCUCAAGCAAUGUCGUCUUGAAGACAGGAUUUGAUUUUCUGGACAACUGGUAAACUGUAUUAGACCGAAAAAAAAAAAUACAGCCAAGAACCCCAAAACACUUUCCACAGUGCUAUGCUGGAGGAGGAUAAGAAGGGCAAUGUUGCCUUGUGUAUUUUCCUGGUUUCUCUACUCUUUUUUCUUAAUCCUUUGGAAACUGGUAAAUAUUGUCAGAUUUUUCCCUUUUUGGUAAAACCAGAUACAUAUGCUAUUUUCAAUGAUUUGAUAACAGAAGUUUUACAUUUGGAAUUUUUAAGGACUGUUAAGAAUUCAGUAAAUCUUAUAGAUAAAACUUCUGUUCCCAGCUCCACCAGUUUCCCCUCCUCACAGGGAGUUUUCUCACCAUGUCACGGAAGUCCUACUGUGAUUCCAUCUCAUCUUCCUCUGUUCCAGUGGGUGAGCCUGGUGAUGUCCUCAGCCAUGACGACAUUGGCUGCUGGCUGUGGCUGCAGAAAGAUUUGUUCUCACUGACACCUGUGGCUUCUCUUGCUGAAGCCAUGUCCUGUGCAGUGUGCCACCUGACGCCCUUGUGUCACUUCCAGGAAGCAUACCAGUGGCAGAUGGCAGACAUUUUCUUUGAGUUGUCCCAUAAUUACUCAAAGUAUUGAUCAUGGUUUAAAAAGAAUUGUACAUUUAGAAGCUUUGUAUAAGCUUCUCAUUGUCUUAUAUUUAGAUGUAGCACCAUGGGCAACCAUUUCCCUUGGUUUUGUACCUGCUUCCUUCUAGGAGCUCCUGUUACCUGGUGACUUGCUGGUUGUCCCUGUACAGCAGGAGCUAGGGUGGGUAGAGGCAGUGCUGGAGCACAGGCCUUUUCUUUUUUUUUUUUUUUUGGUACUGGGAAUCAAACUCAGGACCUUGUGCUUGCCAGGCAGAUGAGGCGCCACUGAGCUACAUCCCCAGCCCUUAGGCCCAUCUGAUUUGCUGUUAGAACCUUCUGUGUAGGAUGGGGCUGUGGCUGUCCGAAUCCCAAGAACUGCUUAGGGCACACCUUGGCAAACCCAGCCUGCCAGCCCUGAUGGGUUGCAGAAGUGGAAAGGGCAUCUCUGAGGCCCAGCAGUGUCCCCUGGAGCCCCAUGCUGUUUCCUUGACCGAUUCCCCCGCCCCAUGUGGUCCUCACUGUGUCCUGCCUGGUGACGCUGAACUCCGUGCAACUGCAAGAGUCACUGGGCUUUGAGCCCUGUGCAGUGUGGUGCACAUCCCCAUCACUGCAGUCUCCUUAACUGAAGCCUUAGUCCCUAUGGGCCCUGCCAAUAAACAGGGCAUUUCAGUACCAAAGGGUCGCAGCAUCUUGUUAAUGUCUGCAGACCUUCCGUUGUGGUUUCCAGAAUAUUUUCUCUGGCUCCAAGGUGACAUACUUGGAAACUCCCCACCCCCACCUCAAUGAAAGUGUCUGCCAUGCCAUGGCUUUGCCAGCCUUAGAUUUGGUUCCUGCCAUUUGCUUCAUGUCCCUAAGUCUCAUGUGGCUCCUCAGGGCUGGGGCUUACCCUCCUUCUCUAGUAACAGACUGCAGGUCAGCAAAGGGAAGUUUUUCCUGAACUGUUUGGAUGGUUGAUACAUGCAAGAGAGAGAUUGUCUGCAUGAUGGUGAGAGAAGGAGCUUAGGAGUUCUAGCUAGCACAGCCCAGUGGGGUGCCAGCCGCCUUGGGCCACAGCACUGUCCCAGAGCCAUGGGUGCCACCUCCUGCACUUCCACCCUUAGGGCAGCCACCAACUGAGAAGCCCCAUAGUAAGGAUUCUUUUGGAAGUCUGUGUGCUGCUGGGAGCACAGUACUUUUGCUCAGGGCGCUCUGCCUGCUCUUUGGCAGCAAUUAUUUCUUUGCCACUUUCUCAUUGAUCUGUGUCCCCAUCAGGUUGGCCUCAGACCUGAGAGGUACAGAUGGGACUAUUGCAAGUUGUUGUGUGCUUGAUACCUUCUGUACCCGUACCAUAGGGUUUGUUCUCAAAGUGGUGAUUCUCCAUAAGGGCGCAGGCUCUGUAAAGCCAGUGUGAAGUUGAAAAGGGGAAAUUCUGGAGGGUCCUGAGUCCUGCUUAUUUGCUCUGUUUUUGGAAAUACAAGUUCCCAUCCUGCCUGACCUGCAGAUCUGCAACCCAGGGCAAAGUCAAAGCAGAGGUGGCUUCUUUCUCAUCUUCUAGGGAAUCUGUGCCAGUGUCCUGGGAAAAUUGGGCUCUACAGUUGUCGUGUGUCCCCUCUCCCAUGCAUUACAAUGGGAUUUCUAAAGCCAGGAGUUUAUAUUUAUUUUUUUAAAAAAUACACAAUUCUCUGCUGAUUUUGGACCCUCCCCCACCUGAGUUAGCACCUGGGACUCAGCUCAGGAUUCACUGUUGCUCUGGUGACUGCAUUUUAUAGCACUUCUCCCAGGAAAUCAGAAGCAGCUCUGUCAGCCCUGAGCCCUGAUCCUGGCCCCAGGGCUGAGUUGGUCUGCCCGGUGGGAGCAGCAGGCCUGUCUCCAGCCAGGUGCAGCCUAUGUGUCAGGAGCGUCCUAUGUUUCCUUGCACCUCCCUUUCUUUGAUACACGUUUUCAAAAAUGAUACAUUCUUACUGACAACUUGUAACUUGGUUGUAUUUUAUACUAAUAGCCUUUAAUAAAGACAUUUUAAAAUGCUA